CCAAUCCUUUAAGUAUCUAAAGCAUCAGAAUGUUAAAUGUUGCAUUUAUACGAUCAUCUUGAAGCCAAAGCUCAUAUUAAUGAUUUGAGGUGAUUAUCGCUUCGUUUAGUGGAACAGGUUAAACACAUCUGGACUAUACAUUUCAUCGAGCAGCUCGGCCUGGUAAUCGGCAUCAUGGUGCGCAUGAACGUACUCGCAGAUGCUCUGAAAUGCAUCAACAAUGCUGAGAAACGUGGGAAACGCCAGGUCCUCCUCAGGCCUUGCUCCAAGGUUAUUGUGCGCUUCCUAACCGUCAUGAUGAAGCACGGUUACAUUGGCGAGUUUGAGAUCAUUGACGACCACAGAGCCGGGAAAAUCGUCGUCAAUCUCACAGGCAGGCUGAACAAGUGUGGAGUGAUCAGUCCUCGUUUUGAUCUCCAGCUCAAGGACCUGGAGAAGUGGCAGAACAACCUGCUGCCCUCUAGACAGUUUGGAUACAUUGUGUUGACCACCUCAGCUGGCAUCAUGGACCACGAAGAGGCCAGACGAAAACACACGGGAGGCAAAAUUCUUGGAUUCUUUUUCUAAAAUGUAAAGAACUGCAAAUAAAAAAACAACCAAGUGUAA